AUGAACACUGAGAAGGAAGAAAUUCCUUUGACAGCAUACAAAGCAAUCAACAAAGAAGUGGCAGAAAGACAGAAUAAAAUAGAGAAACAGAUUGAACACAUGGGAAGAAUGUUAACAGAACUGUUGAAGAAUAGUCAAGCAGCAGUU